AUGAAUCUUUUGUUAUCGUCCUUUUUAGUCUUUCUCGCCUCUCAAAUCGCUGUCGCGUUUCCCCAGGAGCCUUUUUUGGAGCGUGAUCUUCAAACUCCGUAUGAUCAACUCCCGGAAUUGAGCCCUGAGGCCAUUAGAUUGGGUACUCGCUAUGUCGAAGCUACUCGCAUGCAAAAGCGUGACGAGACGAGCAAUGAAUAUGCUCCCUACAAUGUAACUUGCCCUAGCGACCUUUUGCGUGAAGGUACCCAAGGUGUGAACCACGGUGAACAAUCUUUCUUGAGCAAGCGUGUCAACACUGUUAAUAAACAGGUUCGCGAAUUUAUUCAAAACUCCGGUCUUAAUGUCAGUGUGAACGAUAUUAUCACCGACAAGGAUGGUCCUCGUCUAGGUAUGGCUUUCUCUGGCGGUGGUUUCCGCGCUAUGCUUAACGGUGCUGGAUUCUUUGACGCCUUUGAUAACCGUGGCAAAGAUUCCUCCAAAUUUUCUGGUCUUGUUCAAAGUGCCAUGUAUAUUUCUGGUCUCUCUGGUGGUUCUUGGCUUGUUGGCUCCAUUGCCAUCAACAACUUUACCAACGUUAGUUACUUACAAGAAAAUGUUUGGGAUAUGGAGCAUUCUGUUUUUAGUCCUUACUCCAAUCCUAUAAAGGAUGCUGAAUACUUGAACCACCUACGUGAAGAAAUUGAUGCUAAACAGGAUGCUGGCUUUGACACCUCUAUCACUGAUCUUUGGGGUCGUUCUUUAUCCAGAAAGCUUGUUGAUGCCCAAAGGGGUGGCCCUGGUCUCACCUGGUCCAGCAUUCGUAACCAAUCAUGGUUUGAAAACGCCGAGUAUCCUUACCCUAUCCUUAUAUCCGACAGCCGUAGAGAAGACGAACACAUUAUUCCCGAAAAUUCAACUAUUUUUGAAUUUACUCCUUAUGAAUUCGGUACAUGGGAUAAUGGUAUUAACGCUUUCAUUCCUAUGGAAUACGUCGGUACUCAUUUGAACGAUGGCUCUCCUCCUGACAACAAGUGUGUUCGCGGUUUCGACAAUGCUGGGUUUGUAAUGGGAACUUCUGCCACUCUCUUUAACGAGGCUUUAUUAAGAUUGAACUCCAACGGUACUUGGGCUCACCUUGCUCGUGACAUCUUGAAUCGUAUUUCCGAAAACAAAAAUGAUAUCGCUCCUUACCCUAAUCCCUUCCAAAACUACACUGCUAAAAACACUUCCGUUACCAACAACUUCAAGAACUUCCCCACUGUUGACCUCGUUGAUGGCGGUGAAGAUAACCAAAAUAUUCCAAUCUGGCCUUUGCUUCAUCCCCAGCGUUUCGUGGAUGUUGUUUUUGCUGUCGACUCCACUGAUGAUGACAAUGGCUGGCCAACUGGUUCAUCUCUUGUUAGAACAUACGAGAGAAUUGUUAGAAGCCACCACAACAAGAGUAUCGAUGUCCGUGGUUUUCCUUACAUCCCUGACGAAGAUACAUUUAUUUCUCUUGGCUUAAAUGCUCGUCCCACCUUCUUCGGUUGCGACGGCAGAAACACCACCUUGAAGCAAGACCACGUCGAUAACAAGACUCCUCCUUUGGUUGUUUAUAUGCCUAACUAUCCCUGGUCUUAUGACUCCAAUAUUUCCACUUUUACUUUUGACUUAUCAAAUGAGCACACAGAUGACAUUAUCGAAAAUGCUCGUUUGGCUGCCACUCAAAACAAGAGUGACGAUUUUGCAACUUGCCUUGCUUGUGCCGUGAUCCAACGUUCUGUAGAGCGUAAAAACAUGACUACUCCUGCCCAAUGUAAGAAGUGUUUCCAAGAGUACUGUUGGAACGGUACUACUUCAAACAAGAAUACUGUGUACAACCCCACAAUUCUUUCUGCCUCUGCUAGAUCUUCAGCUUCUCGUACCAUGAGUUUUGGAAUUACUACCAUGCUUUUGUCGCUUGUUCCAUUUAUCCUAAUGAUUGCAUAA